UUAGAUGAAAUAAACAUGGUGUUUGAUGCAGACGAUCCAGUUUUCGCAUCAACGUCAAAUAUGAAUCACUGCGAAGUUGUGGAAACGACCAGACUAUCAAUGGAAGCUCAACAACUAUGUAUUACACCGUCGAAAGGUCUUCACAUAAGACAAUCCAAGUCGGACCCACUUCUACAGUUAAAAACACACUUGAUUUGCUCUGAUUUUGAUAAUCACAACCUUGAGGAGGUGGCCUUGCUAAAGAACUGGGAAAACUUGUGGGAUAAGCAAAGUGCCUAUGAUCACGGCUCUGACUACAGUUUGGGGGAUAUAGAUGAUAUGAGUCAAGUGUCGUAUGAAAACAACGUGCUUACCAUUGAAAAUUUAAAGAGUCACUACAACUCAUGUUUUUCAUGUGGAGUCAGUUGGUAUGAAGAUCAUGUGUCAUUAGACUGUCCAGAGUGUGGAGGCUAUGCAUUGCAACGGCCUUGUCCAGAGUGUGAGGGGCAGUGUGAGAGUAAGUGGAGACGUGAUUUGGCAUCUUCUCAUAAAACCAGACAGGCAAAAUGGGAAGGUGAAUGUAAAAGCAAGUGGAUUCACAAGAACAAUCAGCAACUGUUUAGUGAUUUUAACCAUAAUGAUGGCAUCAAAAUCUUGAAUAAUUUUACAAAGAACCUGCAAACCAAUAUAUAUGAGUGAAUUUUCUAGGAGUCCAGCUUAAUCAGAUGUUUCUCUUGUAAAUAACUACAUGCUCUAAGACUUGAAUUGCUUUCUGGCUUCUCUUAAGCAAAAGGGAAGAUGUAAAAUAUAUAAAAAACAUAAUAUUCUAAAUUAGAAUAUAUUAACAUUUAUUUACUAUU